AUGGAAACAAUGGACAUCGACCAAGUCGGGGUUUCCGGCAACGAGCCGAAUUUCCCGUCCUUUUUUAUCAAUAGUUCGACAGCCCACGACUCUGCAUCUGAAAUGAGUCUGGCCGACUUGCUCAUUUCCGCUCACGGUUCCACCGAUAUUGAAAUGCCCGAUUGCCCACCACCAGCACCAAAGGCACAAUCUCCUAGCGAUUUCCUCGGGCCAAAGGUCGUCCCGGACACGUUCCCAGCACUUGGGCAAACAUACCUCCUACGUGUGCCUACAACCGGCUGCAUCCUCGGGCAUACCAAGCGACGUUUUUUCCUGAUCUCGUCGUCGCACAAUCCAGAAGAGUCGCCGCACAUUAGCUGGAAAUGGACAUUUGAGGACAUCGCUGGUGACGAGACAAUGAUACGGCUCAAGAGCCCGUGGCUGGAAGGCAAUGGCACACGCUGGAUCCUGCUGGACGUGAAGCUCAACCCUGAUGGCAAGGUGGUGGUUUCGGUGGAUUGGGAAAUGAGGAGGGAUCCCGUCUUGGACAAGAUCAAAUUCAAGGAGACGUGUCUCUCUAAAGGAGGGAAGCGGCUCGGUGACGACCAGGUUGGGCUUGUGGCAGAGGUGAAGAGAGGGUGUCUGGCGUUUGAGAAGAGAGGGGAGGCAAUUGGGUGGGAGUUUAUCAGGGUUUCGGGCCCUUAG